UGUACCAGCUAUGCCUGCGAAUAUACAUGGCGUUUAUUGAAGAGGAGAGGCUGCGUAGUAGACUGACCUUUUAUCUUUGUUGGUUGUGAGUUUGAAAUACGUUUCGUCUGUUUUGAAAGAAACGGGUCUGCAAUAAAGAUGUUGUCCGAAGCGUCGCCCGCAAUGGUGACUCAAGCACCAGGCAUGCCACUAGCAGAUGUUGACGACAACGACAAGACCCUGAUCAACAGUCCUAGCUCCUCACGUACACCAAGUACGACAGCGACACCAGGCGACGAUUUUGAUAUCUUCGAUUUGCUAGAAGGCAUGGCUGAGAAGGAUGAAGGAGACGAGUCCGAUCCUGACUACAUGCUAGAGGCCGCUGUACCAGAAAAGCUGUCUUGCAUUGUAGAGGAAGGGCCAAGAGGAACAAGACCUAGUGGUUCCUGUGCAGGAGGAAGUGGACCGGGAGUUUCAAUUGCAUCUUCUAGUUGGACACUAGGAGAUAGCGUAUUCGGGAGGUUUUUUCAACAGUGUAAAGAAGGGCUUUUUGGCCCUUCGUCGAGCAGAAAGGUACUUCUACAAGAAGAACGGCAAGCACGAGAAAGAGUACCAGAAGGUGAACCAUUGCACAGAGAACUAGAGGAGUCACGCAGCAAGGAAUCCGCAGUUCGAGACAAUGCACAGGCUGACGAAGAACAAGCCGAUGUCAUCAUUCCGCAGAUGGACCUAGCCGAAAUGACGGCCAGACUACUCCCUAAGCACUACAAUUUCGAGAUACCGAAAGUCCUCGAACGCAUUCGCAAAGGCAAGUACGCCCAUGUCGGUCUGCAGCUGCCUGAUGGCCUCAUAGCUUGGGCUCCAGCAAUCGCUCAGAUUCUACGAAGCUUUCAUAGGCCUUCAAAUAGUAGCUCUGGAACAACAUCUGGCACAACAUCACAAAUUCUCACAGUCUCAAUCCUAGGCGACGUCAAUUUCGGUGCUUGUUGCGUCGACGAUUUGACGGCUCGAGCCUUGGGAGUAGAGCUGUUGGUCCAUUUUGGCCACAGUUGCCUGGUUCCAGUGAGCCAGAGUGCAGUAAAAACUAUGUACGUGCACGUGGAGGUCGAAGCAAACGUCGGGCACUUGGUGGAUACAGUAAAGGCUAAUUUCUUCGAUGAUGAAAGUAGGGACAAGGGACAUGCUCGUCCUGCUGACCACGAACGCGAAGGUACUAUCGCUAGCCCAGGAGAACUACCACUUGAUCUUCAGCAGCACGUUGAGUAUCCAAACCCUUUCGGCCGCAGUCGUUUGGGCAACCGCGUAGCGUUACUGGGUACUGUCCAAUUCGCCACUGUUUUGCAGCAAGCUAAGCAAGACCUCGAGAAAUCCAUCCCCGGCUUGAAGUUGUACUCGAAUACACAAGUGAAGCCUCUAGGGAAAACAGAGGUUUUAGGCUGCACAGCGCCGCGAAUGCAGGAGGUAGAUGAGGUGAUCUUCGUCUGCGACGGACGGUUUCACCUGGAAGCUGUGAUGAUUGGCAACCCGCAAGCGCGAUUUUUUCUCUACAACCCAUAUGCAAAAACCCUGACGCGCGAAGCCUACGACUAUAACCAUAUGCUGCAACUGCGGAGAGAAGCAGUGACUGAAGUGGAGAGGAAGCUGUUUCCUAACAUGAGUAAUUAUCCUUUGCCCAGAUCUUCUAAGCCCGCUUCUAGCAGCACACAGCGAUCACCUGUUUCAAGCAAAGAAACUACGCCAAGAUCUAUCACCGUAGGCAUCAUUUUAGGCACACUCGGACGACAAGGGAGUGUCGCAGUACUGGAACGACUCAAUCAAUUAUUUCGAGACUACAGCAACAUCGUAGAUGAUCGUGAUCCAAAGCAGGGACGAGACAACCACCAUCACCACCGUGACCAAACAAGUGUUGUAAAUAAAGUAGAGCCUAUAGUUUUUCUCUUGAGUGAAAUCUCUCCAGAUGCCUUAAGGAGUUACGAAAAGGACAUAGAUUUCUGGGUUCAAAUCGCUUGCCCACGACUCAGUUUAGACUGGGGUCCCGCAUUCACCCGGCCAUGUCUGACAACGUACGAAUGCUACCUGCUGUUGGAGAGGGCGACGCAGAUGAGAAUACUUUUGAAGAGCAGGAGAAGCAGAAAGGAGUUGCAGGAAGGCGAAGAACAACAUGGUGUCCUCCAGCAGAUCAAACCAGAAAAUUUCUCCACUACUCUGCGAUCCACCAUAGAGACAAAACAAGUGUUGCUAGACCGAUGGAAAGAGAAUUGGCAGAUUGAAGAAACUUCGUGUGGUUCCGGAGGAUGUGGAGGUGACGCCACUGGAGGUGGUGGCUGUGGAAGUGGCGGCUGUGGGUCCUCUUCUUCCAGUUCUUUCAUGCCAUCGGCAGCUGAUUACUGGCCUGAAGUCGACUACUAUUCGAACUUGGGAGGUCCGUGGGCGAACUAUGGAGGAAAACCCGGGACAGGGGUCGGAGGUGUUAAGGAUGUGUGAUAUCGACACGCCGUGGUUACCAUGUCGGGAUGUCCUGAGAAUAUGAUUACCACACCAUGUCGUGAUGUCCUGAGAAUAUGAAGUAUAUAUGCUACCCUUGCGUCCACACCGACCUUGUUUUUUUAUACAACACUUUCACCUAUGUUUUUCCCUGAUUUUUAUCUCGACACGACAUCUACAGUGGUCACGCUAGUGGUCAUUCAGGAAUUUCCUGUCGCGAUUGUCAGACCACUACGCCGUUUUGCUGUCACUGAUGUUCCCCCAUGAUAUGCCAAUGGUGUCAGAAUAGAUCCAAGAAUCACGUGGGUGAACAA